AGUCAUACCAGGAAGACAUCUACCCUUUGACCACAGGAGCCCAGCCAGCACUGACAGCACAGGAGUGGCUGAACGGAGUUAACAAAGGUCAGCACAUGGAGCACUCCCCAGCCCUUCAGCUCCCCAGGGCUUGGGGCCCCUCUUGGUAUCCUUGAAACCAGGCUCUGGAGCUGUGAAUUCCUUACUACAGCUUCCUGAGCCAGAGCCACUCAUGGAGACUACUGACCUGAGCCAGCGCCAGGGCUGGGGAGGAAAGAAGCCACUGGAGGACUUACAGAAGCAAAGUGAUAUCGAAGACAGGAGAAAACAGCUGAAAGUGGAGGAGAAAAUGCCAAAAAAUGAGGAAGUGCGUCUCUCCAAUGACUUUGACAUAUUCGAGUGUCCACCACCUAAAACUGAAAACGAGCUUUUGCAGAUGUUUUACCGGCAACAGGAAGAAAUCCGUAGACUACGUGGGCUGAUACAUCAGAGAGAUGUCCAAAUUAAGCAGCUGGAGCUGGAGCUCAGAAACCUCUGCAUGGACACAGGCAAUCACUGAGGGUGCUGGCCUGCAGCUCUUUGCCCCCCUGGCAACUGGGCAGACUCCUAGGGUGUUUGCGGGGGGAAAAAUUGAUGCUUCAAGCAACGUGGACUUUCCUGGCUUGUGGUGGUCACAAUUUCCCUAAUCAUCACCAGACAGUUAUUGAUGGACUUGAUGUGCUUCUUCAGGCUCCCCUUGCUUGCCCGCUCACUUUUGUAAGAAGCUCGUGCAUUAGUGCUAGUGAGAGACUUUGGAAAAUCUUGUUCUUUCUUGUCCUGGAGAAGCCACCUGUUAAGCUCUAGGAACAAUGUUUUCUGCUGCCCUUCCACAUGACAUGAGGACGGGAGACUGAAGGCUGUCAGCUUCUUUUCCCACCCCUGGACCCAGCAGUGCAGCUCCUGUGGCCGCUUUCUUCUGCCCUGGGAGACCACUGUGCAGCUGAGCUUCAGAGGCACCUCUAGCUCUCAGGUGAUCCCCGUGCAUCCCUCUUGCCUCAUGGCUUGGUCCUGUGCAGCUGGGUGGCCCAGGCAAAGCUGUAGCUGCCCUUACCUGGUGCUGGGGAUAGUCCCGCUGCAAGCGGGAGGCUGCACUGGGGCUGCCAAGGGACAGAACUUUUGUGGUGGGUGAAGGAGAGUUGGUAUUUGGAGGUACUACUUUAAAAGCGCAGUGGCGUAGGCUGGUUCUCGCCAGAGAAGCUGCAGGUGCAGAAGAGGUCGCUGGGUCCUUUGAGUCAGUGGCCUUCUUUUCCUCCUUCUGCCAAAGACCAGCUGCAGUCACCUGGGGGCUGUGGUCCUGUGGUGCUCAGACAAAUGAGGGCAACGUAUAAAGCUGCACAGGGGGUUUGCCGAAAGGGAAAAGAGUGAGGGAGGAGUUGAACCCUCCAACCCACUGCAGACCUUUCAGCAAUGGUGCUAGAAGCAUGGUGUCAACCACAUGGAGGAUAAUAGGACUGCAGCCGGUCACAAACAGCCCUCCCUGGUUGUGGGAGUGAGCUUCCUUGUCCUUGUGCCCACAGCUGCUGCUUCCUUAACUCCUAGGUGCCAGUACC